CUCCUCUGCCGUUUCUGCACCGAGGCCUACUAUGCCAUCUCCACUUCGAGCAUAAGACUGAGCCAUACUUCCUCAUUCAAAUUGUCAUGACGAAACAAUCUAUUCGUCCAUAAAAGUUCAUUAGAUCUUCCCAGUGCUACCCUCGAUCUGUCCAAUAUUCAAUUCGAACCUCCAGUCCACCAUCGUCAGUCAUUCCAGCAGCGAAAGGAUGGAUUUCGGCAAGAUGAUGGACGAUGCUGGCAAAGGCUUCGAUGAGUUUGCCACCAAUGCUGGGAAGAGUUUCGAAGAAGCCGGCAAGGGAAUGAACGAAUUCGGAGAGAACGUGCAAAAACAGGCAAAUGAAGCUGGCAAAGCGGCCGACGAGUUGGGAAACAACAUGUCUCACACGUUUUCUGAAGUUGUUGGAAACGCCUUGAAGCAGGCCGAACAGCUCGUCAUCAAGUUGACCAAGGAGGUCUCAGAAGACGCGAAAAGAGCUCUUGGCUUAGCGCAGGAUGCUGAACGAGAACUUCCUAUGAUGGCCCUGAAAGUGUCAGACUGGGUAUCCACCAUCUUGCCCAAACUACUUGAGGCAGCCGGAGACCUUGGUGAGAGCAUCAAAGAGCAAGUCCAAAAGGCUCAAGAAUGGGUUUCAGAGCACCCGGAAGUUGUGAUGUAUAUCGUUCUCGGCGUGACGGGUAUCGUUAUCCUAGCGGUACCCGGUUUACUCAUGACCCCGAUUUUGAGCGGCCUGGGCUUUGGUGCUUCAGGAAUCGCGGCAGGGUCUAUGGCAGCAGCAAUCCAAUCCGGCAUCGGAAGUGUCGCGGCCGGAAGCGCCUUUGCUGGCCUAACGAGCGCAGCCAUGGGUGGUCUUGAAGGCACAGCCAUUGCCGCUGUCGGUCAGGCUAUUGGAGCAGCUAUGGCGGCGGGUGGUGCUGCUGGUGCUGCUUCGAAGUUGAUGAACAAUGAGUAGAAGCCCAAACCUUGUCGACUGGUACCUAGGAAUCGACUCAAAGCCGAAGAGGUGGCAGAAUGCGGAUAAUCGUCGGGAUAUGGUAGUUGGACGCAAAAGAUCCAAAUG